AUGUCCACAGAAGAUCAUUGUCAAAUAAUGCAAAAACUAUCAACAUCUCUACUUCUUCGAUUCACUCUAAUCUUCAAUUUGGCAACAAGUCUCAUAGCAUUUCCAAUGGUUAUUGCUGCAAGUAUUGCACUGUGGAAAGCAAGAGUUGCCAAACUAUUUCAUAUUAAUGUUAUCAUUAUAUUUCAAGUUCAUCUUAUUGGAUUCUUCUUACAUUGCUUCAGUAGAAUAGUUCUCCAUUGUCUUGAUCUUUAUAACUAUGCAAUGUUGGAUUACUGUGACAUGACACCUAGUACAAUCAGAUGUUUUGCGUUUCGGAUACAGUAUGUAUUUGGAUUAUGGUUGAUUUGUGCAACUACAGUACCCCUUAUUAUCGAAAGAUAUAUUGCUACUAUCAAAUCAUCAAGUUAUGAGCAUAUGGGUUGCUCUCUUGGUAUUGUUAUGGCUUUGUUACAGGUCUUCCUUGCCGUUGUCCCUACCUCAAUUAACUUUCGAAAUUUCUCAUUUGAAGAGCCAGUAAUGAAUUACUGUAUGGCUCUGAAACCAGGUCUAGUCAGUCACACUGAGAAAGCUGCAAUUGUCAGUCUCUGCAUCCAAAUCAUUGCAAGAAUACUAUUUCACUAUCUGUUCAAAAUGAAUGAAAAUCUUCGAAGAAAGCAGCUAACAUCUUCUCUAUCGAACCGAUAUUCAUUGGAACAAAAUCUGAAAUCCAUGAAAACUCUGAAACGAUUCGCAGAUUUACAGUCAAUUUUCAUGAUUAUUCACAUGGCUUUGUUUAUUUUUAUAUUGCAAAUCGGACCGGAAGUCGAGAAAUCCACGUAUAUUUCGUUGGUUGAAAUGAAUGCACCAUACCCUCUCUACGCUGUCAUCUCUAUAAUCGUUCUUCUCAAAAAGGCUCAUUUGAAUAAAGUGAAACUGAAGAAGACGUUGGAAAAUCAUGUGAAUGCUGAUCAGAAUGUCUAUUUCGAGAAUUUCAAAAAGUUUUUGCAUUGA